AUGAUCAAGUGGCAUGAGCUAGCUGAGAUCGAUGAUUAUCUGACUAGGAAUCUUAUUGAUAAUUUAUUCUUUUGGAUCAAAACAAGAAAAUUAAAUAAAGGGUUUCAAGAACCACUAAAUGUUGAUAUUCAUAUGACAAUAAGAAUCCUCAACAAAUAUGUGAUCAGUCCAGAGAAAGCAAGACUAGACAAAUGCGUCAGCCAUUUUACCAAAUUGCCCCAAACACAACAAUUUUUAGAACAUUAUGAAGGAGAUAGAAACAUUAUUAUGGAGUUCAAGAGACAAGCGCGCAGAUAUUUUGAAAUGUAUUUACCAGAAUGUGGUUUUGAAAUGAUGACAUCUGAUAGAUAUGAAGCUAAAUCUGGAUCAACUGAAGGUGCUAUUGUUGCUAAAAAGGAAUUUCUUCCAGGUGAUGAAAUAAAAUUUUUAACUGGUACUUUUUCAGAAUUAAAACCUGAAGAGGAGGAUGAUUUAGAUAAAAGUGAUUUCAGUGUGAUUCAUAUGACAAGUCGUGCCAACCCUUGCUUAAUGUUGGGACCAAGUCGGUUCAUUAAUCAUGAUUGUGAUUCAAAUGCAAAAUUUUCUUCAACAAAAAGUGGAAUGAGAAUAUUUGCAACUAAAAAAAUCCUGGUGGGUGAAGAAGUUACCGUAUCAUAUGCAAAUAGUUAUUUUGGUAAAGAUAAUAAAGAUUGCUUAUGUGCUACAUGUGAGAGAACGUUGAAUGGAUCUUUCAAUCCAGAUAGAUUUGUACUCCCUGAAGAUGCUGAUUUUAUAAGUAUAAGUUCUGAAGACGAAGAAAUACAAAAAACCAAACCAAAAGAAAUGAUAAGUAAUGCGCUACAGCUGGUGAAAAAUAAUGCUCUACAGCUGGUGAAAAGAGAACCAGAGCCAGAGCCAGAGCCGGAACCAGAAGUGAUCUUACUAGAGACUGAAAGUGAAACAGAACCAGAUGUUGGUGUAGAUGAUGUUAUUGACAAUGAACAUGAAUCAACUCCAAUUGAACAAAGUCCAGAAGAUGAAAUUGAGUCAUUAGAUGUUUCUCCGGUACCCAUUGACCCACAAGAUUUUGAUAAAACUGCUAAACCAACUGAACCCAAGAAAAAGAUACCAUCAAUUGUUUCUUGUAUGCACGCUGCUACUGACUCACCAUUCGAAGAACCUGAAAGUGAACAAGUUGGAGGUCGAAGAUUAAGACCUCGUGAAAAACUUAAGAAAAGUCUAAAGAGUGAAAAUAGUAUAUUGAAAAUAUAUCCUAAAGAUGAUUCAAUCGAUUCAUUAGUUGCUGAAAUUCCACAUCUGAAUAAAGAUGUCUUGAGACAACGUCAAAUCAACAGAACAUUACACAAAUUACAAAUGACAAAACUUUACAGAGAGGCAGAUAAAGAUUAUUUAUAUGACUGUCGGCACUGUGGUAUAUAUUUUUUAAUUAUGCCUCAUUCAAGAUAUAAAUAUCAAGAAUAUUGCCAAAGAUGUGCCCGUCAUCAACUGUUAUACGGGCUAGCCUGGCCAGAAACUAGAAAACAAUCAAGUUCUGGAUUAUUGGUGCUUAAUUCGAAUAUACAAAGACCUCCAUUAUCACAAGUUGAACUUCUGGAUGCUCAAUCAUUACGUCCAAGAAAUAAACCUGCUUCACACGGUGGUGUUGCUUAUGCACCAAAUUCCAACUUCAAAAAGAAUAAUGAACCGAAGAAAGAACCUUCUAAACCAAAGAAAAAACUUUCAGCAAAGGCAAAAGCUGCUAAUAUGAGUGAUUAUUUUACGAACUCAUCUAAUGAUAAUAGUGACUCAGAUACCCCUGAAGUUCUGCCGCUGGGUAAAAUUGUUAAACCGGAACCAAAACCAAAUAAACCAAAGAAUAACCAACCAAAAGAUGGUAUUAAGAGGGUUGCACACUUAAAAAGAAUUAGAGAAACAAUACCUUAUACAUCAGACACCAAUGGAAAUGGAAAUGGUAAAGUUCAAGAAAGAAUUUUACAUGUUGAAGAUCGUGGCGAUGGGAACAACUCAGUUUUCAGUCGUUCAAACUCAGAAAUACCCAGACAGAAAUUUAGAAUUGUCAAACAUGGACAAAAUGAUCAUAAAAGCUCUCAUAGUAAUCCUCAUAUACGAAGAGUUAAAGCUAAUGAUAGCCAUGAAAGUGAUAGCAAUGAUUCUGCUCCAACAAAAGAUGAAAUUAUGAAAUCACGUCCGAAGAUCAGUCCUGAUGCUUUGAAGAAGGAGGCUGAAAGAAGGCAGACCAAGAUCUCUAGAGUUGUUAGCUCGCAUGAGAUCGAAGUUAAACAUGAAGCUAAUGGCUCCAAGUCAAGAUCCAGAUCACAUUCAGAAAUUGUCAAUAUUGAUGAAGAAACUUUUGCACAUGCAAAACAACAAAAACUUCAUGAGGAACAGACACCAAAUGGGAGUCCAAGAAAGAAAAUUGUUAUACCUGAAGGUGCUACAGUCGUUAAUUUAGAUUCAGAUGAAGAGGAUGAUAUUGUUCCUGUCAAACCUUUUAAAACAACACCACAAAAAACUAGUCCAUAUAGAAAUGGGAAAUACACAUCAACAGCGUCUGGAAUCCAUAGAGUCAAUGUACCACAAAGGAUCAGAGCUCAACAACCAGCAUAUUUUUAA